AUGUCGCAAAUCGAACAGAAAAUAUCCGAUGAUAUCACCGCGAUGCAAGCGCGUGUAGAUAAUAUAACAAGAUCAAUGAGAAGAAUAGAAGAGUUCACAAAAAGGUUCGAUGCGGAGAAAGAUUCGGGGCAGGUUUCGGUAAGGUUGGCUAGGCUUGAUGAAUUGUUCGAGCAUUAUGGCGAGACGGUUUUGAAGUUGCAACUUCUCUCUCCAGUGUCGAAGAAGGAGUAUGAGGGUCUGUUGGAUGAUGCGGAGGAACGAUUUUAUCGAUGCAAAUCAAUCCUAACCAAUGUCUUACCGAAACAACCAGCUACGAACCAAUCACGAUCAAAUCAAACCGUAACCCAGAUCAAUCAUGUGAAGUAUCCCGAGCUAAAAUUACCAGAAUUCAGCGGCAAACUAGCUGAUUGGCAGUCGUUUCAUGACUCCUUUGAUGCGGCGGUAAACUCAUGUGCACAAUUAAGCGCAGUGCAAAAAUUUCAGUACCUCAAAGGUACACUGAAAGUUGAGGCACUCCGAUUGAUUGAUCCUCUCGCUGUCUCAUCGGAAAAUUAUCCCCUGGCAUGGGAAACGUUAGUUAACCGUUAUAAUAACAAACGUCUCUUGAUCAAGUGUCACAUAAAGGCACUUUUCGACACUCCUGCAAUGCGACGUGAAUCUCCAGAGUCGCUUCUGGAGUUAGUUGACAGUUUUGAACGAAACAUCUCCAUUCUAAAAAGACUUGGUGAGCCUGCGGAUCGUUGGAGCUCAAUCUUAGUGUAUCAGUUGAGUUUACGUCUAGAUAACCGAACGCUAAGAGAAUGGGAACAUCAUGCCUCGAGAGAUACCGCUAGGGAAGAUGGCGCGAUAAAUGACGGGAUGCCAUCGUAUGUGUGCAUGAUUCAAUUUUUACAGGAUUAUGCUCGAGUUUUACAAUCGCUUUCGCCUGUUUCACAAAUUUCACAGCAAACGUCUUAUCGUACUGUGGAAACAAAAACAAAAAUGAAGUCGUCAGUUUAUCACGCCGCUGAAUUCUCGUCGUCGUCCUCACCAUCAUGCCACAGCUGUGGUCAAAAUCAUUAUCUCGCCAAUUGUCCGAAAUUUCGUAGGUUGUCGCCUCGUGAACGGUUGGAUUUCGCAAAAGGUCAUCGCCUAUGUUUGAAUUGUCUCAGAACUUCGUCGCACAUUUGUAAAAAUUGCCCGUCAUCGAACUGUCGAAAAUGUGAACGCAAACAUCAUACGCUGCUACACUUACCUCCUCUCGAGUCGUCUCAUACAGAUCAACAGACAUCACAUCUGCCAAUCGUAGCCAAUCUUAACCAACCUGGUCCCCCACCUGUAUUACCAUCCACCCAAGUGCGACAAUCAGCUCUUUGUCGCACCGUAAACCAAACCGCUCAUUUUGCAAAUUCUGGGAAUGAUAUUGGAGUCUCAUCAAAUCUGUCGGAAUCUCUAGCAGCACAUUCUAAUUGCGGCAGCGAUUUGGUUCUUCUGUGGACUGCACUCGUCAACUUUGAGGAUAUGAGUGGAAAAAUACAUCCUGUUAGAAUACUCCUCGAUUGUGGAUCACAAUGUAAUUUUAUCAGUGAAUCGCUCCGUCAAAAACUUAGUCUCGAUACCGUCGUCUCUCGGGUAGAUGUAGCUGGAAUUGGAUCAAGUAUCGCAAAGGUUGAACGUUCGUCUGUCGCCGUCGUCUCAUCUCGUGUAGCCCCCUACAGAAAGAAAUUAGCUUUCCUUGUUCUGCCAGCGAUCACUAGAGCCUUGCCACAUAAGACCGUAUCCUGUAUCGAUUGGAACAUUCCAAAUUAUGUCUAUUUGGCUGAUCCUACGUUCAAUAUACCGGGUCCAAUCGAUGCUAUCAUCGGAAACGAAUGCUUCGCGGAAAUACUGCGAUAUGUAAAAAUCAACCUAGAAAAUAAUAAUCCCGUUCUCCAGAAAACCCUUUUUGGAUGGGUGGUCUCCGGCAAAUGUAAAGAAGACAUCAACCCAAUCUCGUGUCAUUCGUAUCAUGUUAGUCGGCUUGAUAGCCUGGAAAGGCUAGUAACAAAAUUUUGGGAGAUGGAAUCGUGCUCCUCAGUAGACAAUUGGUCACCGUCGGAGCAGGAAUGUGAAAAUCAUUUCAAGCAAAAUACAACCCGUGACGAUCGCGGAAGAUAUGUUGUCAAGUUACCGAAAAGACUCGAAUUAAUUUCCCAGUUGCGGGACAAUAAGUAUAACGCUCAACGUCGUUUCCUUGCACUUGAGCGGAAAUUGGAAGCAAAUCUUGAACUCAAAACCAUGUAUCACGAGUUCAUUCAUGAAUAUAUAUCGAUGGGCCACAUGCGGGAAAUAUCGGCGGAAAAUGAUCAGUCGCCUCAAUAUUUUUUACCCCACCACGCGGUGUUACGCCCCGAAAGUUCGACGACGAAGCUUCGUACUGUUUUCGACGCGUCAUGCAAAUCGCAAUCCGGAAUGUCGCUCAACGAUGUGUUAUUGACCGGACCCACAAUACAACAAUCGCUCAUCGCUCUAGUAAUGCGAUUCUGCAUGCAUGCGUACGUGGUAACCGCCGAUAUCGCCAAAAUGUACCGCCAAAUAAUGGUACAUCCUACCGAUCAGCCACUACAGCGGAUUUAUUGGCGAGAUGAUAAAAACACAACGCUCAAAAUAUUCCAGUUACAGACGGUUACUUAUGGCACCAACAGUGCAUCGUUCCUCGCAACACGCGUGUUGAAGCAGUUAGCCGAGGAUGAGAAGGUUAAGUUCCCGCUCGCUGCACCUGUAAUCCGCAGUGAUUUUUACAUGGACGAUCUUCUUACUGGCUGCGAAGAUCUCAACAAGCUGAAAGAAACAUGCUCGCAACUCGUUUCCAUGUUAGACUCGGCUGGAUUUCAGCUACGUAAAUUUUCGUCAAACUCCCAGGAUGUCCUCAACAUGAUCCCAGAGCAUCUGAGGGAGUCAAAAACCAUUCUCGAGUUUGAAUCUGGUUCCUCAAUCAAAACCUUGGGAUUGCUGUGGGAACCAGCAUCAGACUUUAUCAGUUAUAAUGUUCCUGAUUGGUCACCUAUUGAAAGAUAUACAAAACGAAUUAUGUUGUCGCGGAUGUCGAGGCUAUUUGACCCACUUGGAUUGUUGGGUCCUCUCGUUGUGACUGCAAAAAUCACAAUGCAGCUCGUAUGGAAGGAACAAAUUCCAUGGGACAGUACCUUGCCCCCUGUCAUUCGUCAAAUGUGGGAAGAAUAUCAAGUACAAGUAGCCCAAAUCAGAAACAUACGCAUUCCACGAUUUGUAUUGUCCCUCUGCAAAAAUAGUGCAUUGCAGAUGCACGGAUUCUGCGAUGCUUCCAUGCAGGCCUACGGAGCAUGCAUAUACGUACGAUCUAUUGCUCCUGACGAAUAUUGUACUGUUCGCCUGAUCGCCACCAAAUCUCGUGUCGCUCCCCUAGAAGUGAAGUCGAUCGCUCGACUAGAGCUGUGCGCAGCUCUUUUGCUUUCGCAACUAACCAAUACCGUUUUGGAUAGCAUUGGUCGCGUCCAAGAGAUAUUUCUGUGGACCGACUCUACUAUAGUCUUACACUGGCUAGCGGCGACACCGUCAACUUGGCAGACCUUUGUCGCGAACAGAGUCGCCGAAAUACAACGACUUACACCCAAUGUAGUUUGGAGACACGUUCCCAGUUUGGAAAAUCCCGCCGAUCUGCUUUCGAGAGGGAUGAUCUCAAAGGAUCUAAUGGACAGCUCGUUGUGGUGGAAUGGGCCGGAAUGGUUAGCUACAACCAACCACCUUUGGCCUGGAGGUCGAAAUCUGGCCAGAAAGACCGUCCACAAUUGCGUGACAUGUGCAAAGGCAAAGCCUCGAACCAUUGAGCAACUUAUGGGUCAACUCCCACCGGAAAGAGUUUCACCAGCAUAUCCAUUCCAGUUUGUAGGAAUAGAUUACGCCGGACCCAUUUACCUACGACCAAACACACGGAAAGGAGCACCUAUUAAGGCUUACGUAGCGGUGUUUGUUUGCCUGGUGGUGAAGGCAUCACAUCUCGAACUAGUAACCGACUUAACUUCAGCUGCUUUCAUCGCCGCACUUCGCCGGUUCAUAGCCCGACGCGGGGUGCCAACUACCGUGUACUGUGAUAACGCCACUAAUUUCACAGCAGCGCAACGUGAGCUAAAAGAGCUACGCCAACAGUUUCUUUCACAGAAACACAAGGAAGCAGUACACAACGAAGCCAGCACACUCAAGAUCGAGUUUCACUUCAUCCCGCCACAUGCCCCAACGUUCGGUGGCCUGUGGGAGGCGUGCGUGAAGUCUUUCAAACACCACCUCCGCAGAAUAGUGGGGAAUAGUCUACUCUCAGCUGAAGCCGUUUCCACAGUGUUGGCUCAAAUCGAAGGCGUUUUAAACUCUCGACCAAUAACUCCCCUCUCGUCUGACCCAAGCGAUCUACAGGCCUUAACGCCAGGUCAUUUUUUGAUUGGCCGUCCGAUUCUGACAUUACCAGAACCUGACCUCUCGGAGAUACCGACGUCUCGGCUUGAUAUGUGGCAGAAGAUGCAGCUUUUAACUCAGCACUUUUGGAGACGUUGGCAGGACGAAUACUUGUCCACGUUGCAGACUCGCUACAGGUGGACAACAGUCAACCAAAACCUCCUCAUUGGAUCAAUCGUGCUUAUACGGGAUGAUAAUCAACCAAUAGGGAAAUGGUCCAUGGGGAGGGUUACGGAUGUUCACCCAGGAGAGGAUGGACUCGUGCGGGUUGCCACCCUCAGGAUACCCAGCGGAAAAUUAAUAAAGCGUCCGAUAACCAAAAUCUGUCGACUAUCAGUGGAAGUGGAUGCUGUCACCGUAGCCGAGCGUCCACAAUCAACGACCGAACCUCCAGCACAAACCGUAUAA